CAGAAAGAAAGAAAGGAAAAAAAAUGGCUUUGAUUGCAGAGGCUUUUCUCUCUGCUUCCAUCCAGACGCUGUGCGACAAGAUUGGUUCUGGCGAGUUGAUGGACUUAUUCCGGGGAAAAAAACUUGACUAUUCACUCCUGAAGAAACUGAAGCGGACGUUUCUGGCCCUUGAUGCAGUGCUUGAUGAUGCAGAGGAGAAGCAGAUGGAGAAUCGCCGUGUGGAAAAGUGGCUUGACGAGCUCAAACAUGCUGUCUUCGAAGCCGAGGACCUGCUGGAUGAGAUCGAUACUGAAGUUUUGCGAAGCAAGGUGGAAGCUGAAUAUCAAACGAAGAAAACCCAGGUGUGGAACUUCCUUCCUACUCUUAAUCCUUUUUAUCAGGGCAUGAAUGGUAGGAUUCAAGAGUUACUUGAAGAACUAGAAAACCUUGCACAACAGAAACGUGUGCUCGGUCUCAGAGAAGGUGUCAGGGGCAAGCUUUCACAAAGAACUCCCACAACUUCCUUCGUUGAGCAUGAAUUCUGUACUUAUGGUAGGGAUGAAGAUGAAGCGAAGUUGAAAACACUGCUGCUAUCUGAUGAUGCAAGGGGCGGCAAUACAUCUGUAAUCCCCAUAUGGGGAAUGGGAGGAGUUGGUAAGACAACCCUUGCUCAACUCCUUUACAAUAAUGACAGGGUGAAAGAGCAUUUCGAUGUUCGAGCUUGGGCGUGUGUCUCCGAAGACUUUGAUGCUGUUAGGGUCACUAAAACCCUUGUUCAGUCAAUUGCUUCAAAACCCUGCGAUACGUCAGAUAUGAGCUUGCUUCAAGUUGCUCUUAGGGAACAACUAACGGGGAAAAGGUUUCUACUUGUGUUGGAUGACCUUUGGAAUGACGAUUAUAAUGAUUGGAGUGUUCUACAAGCUCCUUUCACUUAUGGGGCGAGGGGAAGUAAGGUCAUUGUGACAACAAGGAACGAAAGUGUUGCAUCCAUCGUGCACACUGUUCCUAUUCACUCUUUAAAACAAUUGUCGCAUGAUGAUUGUUGGUUGUUACUUGCAAAACAUGCGUUUAGAAAUGAAAACGCAAGUGCACAUCCAGACUUGGAAGAAAUUGGUAAAAAAAUUGCACGUAAGUGCAAUGGUCUGCCUUUAGCUGCGAAAACACUUGGAGGUCUCUUAAGUUGCAACAUGGACUACAAGAAAUGGAAUCAUAUAUUGAAUAGCAAUCUUUGGGAGCUACGAGAAGCAAAUUGUAUUUUUCCAUCUCUAAGAUUGAGUUUCCAUUACCUCCCUCCUUAUUUAAAACAAUGUUUCGCUUAUUGCUCAAUUUUUCCAAAGGACUAUGAAUUUGAGAAGCAUACUUUGGUUCGACUUUGGAUGGCUGUGGGUUUAAUUUCACAAGCUGAGGGCGGGGCAAGAAUGGAGGAGGUUGGAGAGAACUAUUUUAAUGAAUUAGUAUCACGAUCACUAAUUCAAAGAUCAAGAACCGAGGAGCCUGGAUUCACAAUGCAUGAUCUCGUUAAUGACUUGGCUAUGUUCGUGUCUAGAGAAUUUUGUUUUUGGAUGGAUGAGGAAGGAUCAUAUGAAGUUCCUAAAAGAGUUCGACAUUUGUCGUAUGCGAAAGGAAGAUUUGAUGCCGCUAAAAAAUUUCAGCCAUUAAAUGGAGUAAAAUAUUUGCGCACCUUCUUACCCAUUUCUUUAAGGGAGUACUAUUGGGAUUCAUAUCUAAGUAGUAAGGUUCCAAAUGAUUUGUUGCCAACACUAAAAUGUUCACGGGCACUGUCUUUGGCAGGAUAUACAAACGUCAGUCGCUUACCUGAUUGCAUCGGGGACCACAUACAUUUGCGCUACAUUGACCUCUCUUACACUGCUAUUAAAAGGUUACCAGAUACCGUGAGUGGUCUCUACAAUUUGCAAACUCUAUUGUUGUCUCAUUGUUCCACUCUUGUUGAAUUGCCUGUAGACAUGAGGAAACUGAUUAAUUUGCGCCAUCUUGAUAUUAGAGAUACUGGUAUAAAAGAAAUGCCGGUGCAAAUGGGUAGACUAAAAAGUUUGAGAACACUCACUGGUUAUGUAUUGGGGACAUCUACUAGGUCUGGUGGCAUUGGAGAAUUGGGGGAGUUGCCCAAUCUUGGAGGGGAACUUUCUAUCAUGAAUCUAGAGAAUGUAGUCCAUGUUGUGGAUGCCUUGCGGGCCAAUUUGAAGGAUAAGAAAGAUCUCAAUGAAAUAGAGUUGGCAUGGGGUAGAGAGGAUGCAGAUGAUUCCAUAAAAGAGAGACAAGUACUUGAAAAAUUACAACCUUCUGUAAAUUUGGUGAAACUGACCAUCAGAGGUUAUGGUGGAACAAGCUUUCCGAAUUGGUUGGGAGACUCUUCCUUCUCCAACAUAAAAGUCAUGCGCCUCCAAGGUUUUAGUACUUGUUGGUCGUUGCCAUCAGUUGGGCAGUUGCCCGCUCUUAAGGAGCUCUGUAUAGAGGAGAUGAAAUUUGUUACGAGUAUUGGUGCUGAGUUUUAUGGUGUCAAUGGACUUUCUCUAAUUCAGCCAUUUCGUUGCUUAGAGAAGCUGGAAUUUAGUGGGAUGCCAGAAUGGGUAGAAUGGCUGCCAAGUCCGGGUAGAAGUCAAUGUCCAGACUUUCCUCGUCUCGAGGAGCUGGUUUUAGAGAGUUGUCCGAAGCUGAGGGGAAACUUGCCGGAUUAUCUUCCUCGCUUGAAAAAACUUCGAGUGUCCCACUGCGGGGUUCUGCAUGAAGGGGCUACUAGGAGAAGGUGGAUACCCUGGUCUCUCAUUGUUAACGCGGAAUCCUUGCGACAAUCUCUUCAGGAUCUGGAAAUAAGAGGAUGCCCUGGUCUCUCGUCGUUACUAGAGACGGAGACGCUGUCCUCGCUUUCCAUGCUUGAUAUUCAAAUUUUUAGUCGCACAGAUUGCUUGCAGCCGCACUUGAGCAGUCGUCUUCAAAAAUUGACUCUCCAUUAUUGCGGGUCCCUCCUGUCGUUCCCUAGAAAUGGUCUACCCACUUCGUUGACAAAUCUUUGUAUAAGAAGUUGCAGGAGAUUAGAAUUCCUAUCUCAUGAGAUGAUGGCCAAAUUGACAUCCCUUCGACGUUUCGAAUUAUGUUGGAGCUGUGAUUCACUGAGGUCCUUCCCGCUGGGCGUUUUCCCCAAACUUUCAUCUCUUCAGAUCUGGGGCAUUAAAAAUCUAGAAUCCCUUUCCAUUGGAGAAGGAGCUGAUGUUGAAAAUCUCACUCAUCUCGAUUCUCUCUGUAUCUAUCAUUGUCCAAAUCUGGUCUCUUUUGCCCACGGGGGGUUGCCCACUCCCAACCUGUCUAGUUUUACAGUCUAUGGAUGCGAGAAUUUGAAGUUAUUGCCCGAUCGAAUACACACACUCACCACCCUUCGAUACUUGUGGAUAUCUGGUCUUCCAAAUGUAGAGUCAUUUGCAGAAGGAGGUUUGCCUCCCAACCUACAAUCAUUUCGAAUCGCUGAUUGUGGGAAACUGAGGCCUUCAGUGGAGUACUGGGGUUUGCAACGACUUGUCUCCCUUCGAACAUUUGAGAUCGAGGGAAGCGAGGAUGUGUUGGAGACGGUGCUCAAGGAACAGCCGCUCCCUACCACUCUUCUCACUCUCCAUAUCUCUUACAAUAAAAGUCUGAAAUCUUUGGAGGGAAGGGGACUUCAACACCUCACUUCUCUUCAAAAGCUCGAAAUUUACAAAUGUGAUAGUCUCGAAUUCCUGCCCAAAGAGGGUUUGCCGGCAUCGCUAUCUUAUCUGAGCAUCGACAUAUGUCCUUCUCUGGUGAAGAGGUGUCAGGAGAAGACGGGAGAAGAGUGGAGCAAGAUAGCUCACAUUCCUUGCCUCCGGUUAGAUGACCAAGUCAUCAUGUGAGAUCUAAAGUCAAAUUCAGAUUCGUACAUAGCACCAUUUUUCAUACAAUAACAUAUAAGAUUGAGAUUCUGUAAAAGUUUCACUUGAAUUGUUCAAUUAAUCAAGGUUCUGUAAUAGUUUCACUUCAGAUUCUGUAAAACUCUCUUAAUACUUGUCUUUGUUUGUAAUUCUUAUGAAGGACUUAGAAUCAAGGUUCUAACUGGUUACCAGUUACCACUCUGAUUGGCUGGACAAAUAUGAAUAAAUUAAGAAAAGAGCAUUAAGUCACAA